GCAGACACUAUCUCCUUAUUAUUGGUCGCCAGUUUCAAGGAACAGAACGUGGGCAGGUACUAGGUUCAUAUGUUCUCUUUGGCUGCUUCAUUUGCAAACUUUCGGUCUUCAACAUUUUCUGACAAUUAAUAACAGCCAAAGAAGUAUACAAGAACUUGAUUUCAAAUGGUUUGAAAGGAAAAUUACCCAGUGAAUAUGUCUGUGCGAGAGAUUCCCAGUAAACGUGUUGAUUCUGUGAGGUUCAGCACAUACAGCAGUCAGGAUCUAAAGCAGCUGAGUGUGAAGGAGUUAACUAACCCCAGGUCGUUUGAUGACCUUGGACACCCGACCUUAGGAGGGCUCUAUGAUCCUGCACUAGGUCCAAGUGACAGAGAUGAGCUUUGUGGAACAUGCAGCUUGGGUCAAUUUCACUGUCCAGGUCACAUGGGUCAUGUGACCUUGCCACUUCCUGUCUUCAAUCCACUUUUCUUCCCACUUGUCCGCCAGCUCCUACAUGGUAGCUGUUUAGAGUGUAACCACCUCCUAGCCCCCAGAUGGACCCUGCGUCUGGUGGUACAGCAGCUGCGUUGCUUGGACCAUGGUCUACUUGGUAGCGUAGGAGACCUUGCUGAGAUUGCUAGUACAGUCAUAUCAGAGUCAGAUGAUGGGGAAGGAUUGGCGGAUCAGAUGGAGGAGACUCUCAAGGAAUAUGUGGAUGAAAUAUUGUCUAAGCUUAAGAAAGAGCAGCCUUCUGAGGCACGUCAUAUUGAGGAGUGUAGACGUCAUGUGAUCCAAUCCUUCAUACGUCAGCACGUAGCAUCAAGAGGUAGGAAGUGUCCUCUAUGUAAGAAGCCUGUACGUGAGAUCCGUCCUCAUCAUAACAGUGUGAUCCUCACCAAGGUGAUCAGUGCGUCCGGUCAGGGCCUGCAGAUGGUCUAUCUUUCUCCACAUGAGGCUAGGAAACAUCUCAGGAACCUGAUGGCAAAUGAUGGUGAAGGUCUAUGUCAUAUAUUUGGAGUGCUUGAUCUACCCAGCAAGCGAGGUGAAGACUCAACCAUAGAUCAAUUCUUCUUAGAAGCGCUACCAGUCAUCCCUUCCAAAUUCAGACCAAUAUCCACAGCAGGAGAAAAGACCUUUGAGAAUCCACAGACUGGUAACCUAUCUAAGGUACUAAAAGAUUGCCACGUAUUGCAUCUCCUAUUACGAGUUAUGAGGCAAUCUACCAGUCAGCAUGAUGUAGAGAAUGGUGCCAUGGAUAUUGAUGUUAAACUGCCAGUUAAAGAUAAGGAGAAUGUUGAUCAGAGCAUAUUAAGUACUAUCCCAGGAAAGACUCUACCAGAGAAGCUUCAGAAUGCUCUAACCCAGCUACAAACUCAUGUUAACUGUGUCAUUGACAGCGACCUUGACAAGAUUUCUACUGACAAAGCACCAGGCAUCAAACAGCUUCUUGAGAGGAAAGAGGGUCUGUUCCGCAAGCACAUGAUGGGCAAACGUGUGAACUACGCGGCUCGUUCAGUCAUCUCUCCCGAUCCGUACAUCAACACCGAUGAGAUAGGUAUCCCACAAGUCAUUGCCAAGCGUCUCACAUACCCCCAACCUGUGACUGAUUGGAAUGCACAGGAGCUGAGACAGAUGGUCAUGAAUGGACCUGAUGUACAUCCAGGUGCUUUACUGAUAGAGAAUGAAGAUGGUUCUCAGGUCAGACUACGAGCAGACAACCAAUCACAGAGAGAAUCGGUUGCUAAGAGAUUGCUUACACCUAGCAACAUUAAUAAACAGAACACUGGAUCAAAGAAGGUUCAUAGACAUUUACAGACUGGUGAUAUAGUCUUGCUGAAUCGUCAACCUACGCUUCAUAAACCAGGCAUCAUGGCUCAUAAGGUCAGAGUUCUACCCGGUGAGAAGACACUACGCUUACACUACUCAGCAUGUAAGACAUACAACGCUGACUUUGAUGGAGAUGAGAUGAACGUGCAUUUCCCCCAGAAUGAACUGGGUCGAGCAGAGGCACUCACUAUAGCUAGUACCAAUCAUCAGUACCUGGUUCCUAAGGAUGGUACCCCUCUGGGUGGUCUCAUCCAGGAUCACAUUAUAUCAGGGGUGAGGAUGACAGUCAGAGGAAGGUUCUUCACAAGGCUUGAAUACCAACAGCUUGUCUACUGUUCACUGACUGACAAAGAGGGCCCGGUCAAAUGUCUUCCUCCGUGUAUCAGGAAGCCUGCCCUCUUGUGGUCCGGGAAGCAGCUGAUCUCAACUAUCAUCAUCAAUACCAUACCCGAGGGAUGUAAGCCGCUUGACUUCAUUGGAAAGUCAAAGAUCAAUAAUAAGUCCUGGUGUAAAGCAGAGCCUAGGCCACCUAAAGCAGGUGGUGGCGCCCUCGUUGGUACGGACAUGUGUGAGUCUGAGGUGAUCAUAAGAGAAGGAGAGCUGCUGAGUGGUGUGUUAGACAAGGGCAACUAUGGACCUACACCCUAUGGAUUAGUGCACUGUAUUUAUGAGCUGUACGGUGGUCAUAUAGCUGGUAAACUGCUGAGCCAUUUUGGACGUCUCUUCACCACCUUCCUGCAGCAGCACACUGGCUUCACGCUGGGACCUGAAGACAUCAUUGUCCUGGACAAGGCCGAUGAGAAACGUCUUGAUAUCUUGGAGGAGUCUAAGGACUGUGGAUCAGAGGCUGUUGCUCAGGCGUUGGGUGUAGAGGAGUUCACUGGUUUCCAUGCCAACACCCUCACAAAGAGAUAUGAAGAUGCCCAUAGAAAGCCUGAUGGGAGUGAUAUGAAGGAGAUUGAUCUACAGAUGAAGACUAAGACGGAUCUUUACAGUAACCAAGUUAGCUCUACCUGUCUGGGCUCUGGACUACUUAAACAGUUCCCUGAGAACAACCUACAGCUCGUUGUCUUAUCUGGUGCUAAGGGAUCUAUGGUGAACUGUCUUCAGAUCUCCUGUCUGCUUGGUCAGAUAGAGUUGGAAGGACGUCGUCCACCCCUGAUGGUCAGCGGUCGGUCACUCCCGUCCUUCCCACCCUAUGAGACUAGUCCAAGGUCUGGGGGAUACGUGGCUGGACGGUUCCUGACUGGAAUCAAACCUCAGGAAUACUUCUUUCAUUGUAUGGCUGGUAGAGAAGGUCUGGUGGACACAGCAGUGAAGACAAGUCGCAGUGGUUACCUCCAGAGAUGUAUCAUCAAACAUCUAGAGGGAUUGGUAGUCAACUACGAUCAAACAGUCAGGGAUAGUGAUGGCAGUAUAGUGCAGUUCCAGUAUGGUGAAGAUGGUCUAGAUAUCCUCAGGACUCCGUUCCUACACAAAGAACAGUUCCAAUUCCUGAUAGAGAAUGCCAAUGCUCAUUUGCCAUCACAGUCCAAGUAUCGUGGACCGGCCAAUGACCCCAGUCAGGCAGAGAAACUAUUCAGGAAGAUCAAGAGAUGGAAAGAGAAGCAUUCUGAUAGCUCCAGAUCAGAACGAAGGUCUCCAUUCCUAGAGUUCUGUCAUAAAGAGUAUCCAUCCAUCUUAGAGAAUGCUCAAUCUGAUGAAGAUAACGUAAGGAAGGCUUAUAACAAGGCUAAGAAGAGGAUCAUUAGGAGAUGGAGAGAAGUCACAGAUAGGCAUAGGUAUGAGAAGAAGACGGCUCCCUGUCCAGACCCUGUCAGCUGCCAGAUGAGACCUGAUAGACAUCUUGGAGCUAUCUCAGAGAAACUAGAAUCUCUCCUACAAGACUAUCUAGACUCAAGAUUACCAACAUCAGAUGAUGCAGAUGGGACUAAGAGAGAAGAUGAAGAGACUAAACUGAAGAAUAUGAUGUAUAGCAAGUAUCAGAGAGCUUUGUGUGAUCCGGGAGAAGCUGUAGGUCUUCUUGCAGCUCAGUCGAUUGGAGAACCUUCAACUCAGAUGACAUUGAAUACCUUUCAUUUUGCUGGGCGUGGUGACAUGAACGUAACAUUGGGUAUCCCAAGACUCAGGGAGAUUCUGAUGGUAGCCAGUGCCAAUAUAAAGACCCCUAGUAUGACGAUACCAUUCCUCAAUCCUGAUAUCUCGACUAAGAAGAUUGGUAGGAUAUGCAGACAGCUCAGUAGAGUACACCUGUCACAGGUAAUUGAAGAUAUAGACAUCUGGGAAUCCUAUGACUUUCCUACCACACAUGAUCACUAUCGUGUAUACAAGAUCAGACUCAACUUCUUGCCUCAUGAAGAAUACAAGGAUGAGCUAAAUGCCACUCCAGCUAGUAUCCUGUCUUACAUUGAAGUGACUUUCCUCAAGCAAUUCCUAGAGAUUGUCAAGAGAAAGAUGAAAGAUCUCAAGAAAGCAAACUUUGCAUCAUCCAGAAAAUCCAAGUUGGACUUGAUUGGUGAUGGUGGCAAUGCUGCCCCUACCCAAGAUAAGAAUGGAACAGACCCAGCCAUGCAAGAAGAUGAACCAGCCUCUGUGUCAAGAAACAGAGAUUCCAUUUCAUCAGAGGGGAGUGGUGAUGAGGAGGGUGAUGGUACAGCAUCUAAAUACAAGAAGAAACAUGAUGAAGAGAAGGAGUAUGAGGAUGAUGGAGGAGAGGAAGCAGAGGAGGAGAUGGAAGGAGAAUGGGAAGAAAUCAUUGAUACAGGUGGUGAUGGAGGUAGUGGAAAAGCAGAUAGCCCUGGUACUCCUGAUGAAGAUGAUGGUGGUGAUGCGGAUGAUGAAGCAAUGGAAGAAGACUUACUCUCAUCUCAGCUGGACGAGAGUCAAUCAUCAUCUAGGAAGAAGAAGAAGAGACAGGUGGCCAUCAGUGAUAAGGAGAAGGAUCAGAGAAUACUGGCUACAGUGAAUCUGAGUCCAUUGAUGGUGACGUAUGACUUUGAUGCUGAAGAUCAGCUAUGGUGUGAGUUCAAAUUCAAGGUUGAUUUGACUGAUAAUAAGCUGGACAUGGCUUCACUGGUAGAGCUAGUCUCUAAACAAGCCACCGUUCAUCAUGUACCAGGAAUCUCUCGCUGUCUGGUGUCUGGUCAAGGGUCUGGUGAGACUAAACUACUCACUGAAGGAGUCAAUCUACAUGAGCUGUAUAAGCAUGACAAGCUACUAGACCUGAACAAGGCAUACACCAAUGAUAUUCAUUCCAUGGCCAAUGCCUAUGGUAUAGAGGCAGCAUCCAAAGCUAUCAUCAAGGAGGUACGUGAUGUGUUCUCAGUGUACGGCAUCACGGUAGACCCUCGUCAUCUCUCAUUGGUUUCUGACUAUAUGACCUUUGAGGGUGUGUAUCGACCUUUCAACCGGAUCGGUCUGGAGUCCAAUGCCUCUCCGAUACAGAAGAUGACGUUUGAGAGCUGCAUGAGGUUCCUUAGAGAAGCUACUAUACAAGGUGCUAAAGACAACCUGCAGUCUCCCUCUGCACGGCUUGUAGUAGGCAGAGUAGUCAAUGGUGGAACAGGAUGCUUUGAUCUCAUACAACCUCUCAAGUAGUACUCUCUCAUCUUCCAAACAUCAACUGAAACAAGUCAACAUUCAAAUCUGGACAAUUCUGAUCACGCAGCUUCUUCUUCUAUUGCAUAGCUGCCACCAUUUGAAUUGUCAAUUAGUCAUGAGAGUAACAUGGCAGUUACGGGUUGUACGAACAUCAAACCGGGACCAUUCGAGUAUGCUAUCCCGCAACGUGACCAUUCGAGUACGUUAUCCCGCAACGUAUUGUGUGUACAUUACUCAAUGCGCUUGGUGUGGAUAGCCACAGCAUGAGGCGAUCUUUGCAUGCAAGACUGUGUGUUCUUACUGACAUACACAUUCCUGUUCUGCAAAUAGCCAACCCCCUUUAUACGAGUUAGCCAUUGCGGCAUGUAUUCUAUGCACGUUAUUCAGUGCCUGCAUGCUCUAUUUGCGCCCAUAUUCAUAUUUUUUAAAGGUGAAUUUGUAAUUUCGCACAGAAGGUCUGAAAUUCGUAAUAAUUACACAUUUUCCUAAUUGUUGGCAACUGUGCUAUUAUGUGUUCUUCAGUUCAAUGAAUGACAGACUUUCUGAAGUUUUUCACAGUAUU